UUGUGUAAAAAUGUGUAAAAUACAAAUGCUUAGAGAGCUGGUGAAUCAGCGACUAACUGCGGCAGUUGAAGAAAUAUUGGUAGUGUUCGAAAGAACGAUAGCAGAGUACGAGGCGGAACUUUCUCGAAUAAAAGAGGAGAACGAAAGACAACGUCGACGACUGGACGCUGUUUUCAAGAAGCCCCAAGUUUUGUUACACAAAGCAGAUGUGAGUGAGGAACAUCUUGAGCAGCAGGAGUGGAACUCCAGAAUGGACGAGGAGGAGGCACAGCCCCUGAACAUUAAAGAGGAAGAGGAGGAUCACCGCAUCAGUCAGGAGGGAGAGCAUCUUGAAGGACUGGAGGAGUUCCCAGUCAUUGUUGUCCCUGUGAAGAAUGAAGAUGAUGAAGACAAAAGUGAAAGUGAGGAGAAGAAAGAGGCGGAGCCUCCAACCGGCAGUUCCACUCGUCACAUGACAACAGAAGCUGAUGGAGACCACUGUGGAGGAUCACAAGCAGACAACCUCUUAGCUCCACUAUCAGAUAGCGACGACAUAACGUCACACUCUCCUGACACUGAUGAUGAAGACUCUGAAGCUGAUAUGACAUGUCACACUGACAACACACGCUGGAAAUGCUCUCAAUGUGACCAAACUUUUGUUAACAAGGGCAAUCUGAACAGACACAUGAAGCAGCACACAGGGGAGAAACCUUUCACCUGCUCGUUUUGUGGUAAAGGAUUCCUUGCUAUGUCAAAUUUGAAAUUACACAUCAUCGUGCACACUGGAGAGAAAUCUUUUCUUUGCACGCUGUGUGGUAAAAGAUUCACUCAAAAUGGCGAUUUAAGAAAACACACAAGAAUACACACUGGAGAGAAACCGUUUUCUUGCACGCUUUGCGGUAAAAGAUUCAAUCAAAAAGGUGAUUUAAGAAAACACACAAGAAUACACACUGGAGAGAAACCUUUUCCUUGCACGGUGUGUAGCAAAAGAUUUUCUGACCAGUCCCAUUUGAAAGUGCACACAAGAAUACACACUGGAGAGAAACCUUUUCCUUGCAAGGUGUGUGGUAAAAGUUUCCAUAAACAAUGCGAUUUAAAGAGACACACCAGAGUACACACUGGAAAGUAAUCUUUUCCUUGCACCGUGUGUAGUAAAAGAUUGUCUGAGAUGAAGCCUAUGGGCUAUUAAACCACUUCCAAAAACCAACAUGGUUUUAUAUACAUGCUGCGACCAAGUAACAACAUUUAAAGUAUUUAGCCGUAAUUUGGUCCUUUUAAGGAUUACCGGAACCUCCUUCUUUGGCGUUACAAUUUCAUAUAAAAACGGACGCCUACACCUAGCAUUAACUUUUCCAAACUCAAAAAGUAAAAACAGCAGCUCCAAUAUGUAGCCUUACCUUUUUUGUAGUGGUCUGAGGCUAACGCACUGCGGGUGAGUGGCUAGUGGCUAGCCGGUAAGCGCCAGUAACGUAGUUUAAUCGGUAUAACAAUGUUAAUGAUAAUAAUAACAGUGUAGCUGUAGCCUGGGUAAUAUGCAUGUCACAUUCACGUCUUUUUGAGGAAGGCCUUAUAGCUGUCUUUAAACUGUUUCUUUUUAGCUGUUUUUAUAUCUUUAGAACGCACAGUGUUCAUGUCUCAUUUGUCAAUUGUUAUUGACAAAUAACGUUUCAUAAUUAUUACUAACCAUUUGAGAAUAAUGUGUAUCCGAAGCUCAGGUUGGUCAUUCAGUUCUUAUGUGGUGAUGUUUAUCUGGUCAGUGGUCCUAAGCUGGAACAGUUGCUUACCUUGGACCUUUUAAGAUGAGUUUGCUUUUCUUUAAGAAUGGGUGAAUACAUUUGUCCUAACCAAAUGUUUUCUAUCAUUGAUUUUUCCCUGCAGUGCAAUUUAUGCAGCAGACACAGUCAGGCAGUUGAUAUUGUGUACACGUUCUGGUCAAUAGUGUUGACGAUUUCUGAGUAAACGCUAUGAUGAUAACCAACAGAGGGCGGAUUUUAAAAAGAAAUACUGUACACAUAUGCUGUACUAUAAAUAUAAUGUCAUUGGACAAGGAUAAGUUGCAGUAAGCUAUUGUUGACACCUCAUAAGGAAUCAUUGACUCUAUGGCGCCAUCAAGAUGUCAAAGACAUGUACUACGAUCUAUUUUCCACCUACAUAAAACAGGAUUAGAAAUACUGAUCCCUGUUGUUACUUGUAAGUAAAUAAAGAGAAUUAUAACCCCAA